CAGCCGAAGGCCUCACCGUCCUGAAAGAAGACUUGUAAGGUUUUGGCACUACUACUUUAAGCUACAGGUACUCUGCCACUUUUCUUCUGCUCUCAAUUGACCACUUUACACCAUGAAAGGCACAACAACGUGGUCGCUGCUUCUGCCACUUUUCACGCUUACAGCAUCAGCUUGGCCCCAACCUCGUCAUGCGAAACCUCCAGUAUGCAUCAUUGGCGCAGGUCCAUCAGGUUUGUCAGCAGCAGCGAAGCUCGAAGAGAAAGGCAUCAAGGCCAUGGUUUUCGAUAAACAGGAGGAAGUUGGUGGUAAGUGUCAGGCAUGGUAUGACGAGCAAGGCAUCUUCCACCCGCUUGGCGCCGCCUUCUUCUCAAACGCAACCUACACCGAAACCCUCAAGAUUCUCAAUACGACCAAUGUUACGUCCGAGCCGUUCGCGCUGGCAGGCGCGCGUGAGAUGUUUCGCUACAACUACACAAAUGGCGCGAUCGAAGCAAACCCAGCGUUGAUUCCUCAGUUCCUGGCAUCACUGUCUGCCGAAAUUCCGCGUUACACGGCGCUGUGGAAUCAAAGGUUUCGACCCUUCAGUGUCGCGGGAUACAAGAAUGGCACGCCCGAUGAGUUCACCGUCUCUGGAUCUCAAUGGUUUCGCCAAAACAACUUUACUGCUCUCCCGAUUCUACUCGUCAACCCGGUGGCAUUGUACGGAUAUGGCGACAUCAACAUUGUCCCAGCACUCUACAUCUUGCAAUACUUCACCCCGGAUAUCUUGACCGCGUUCAUUGGGUUGCACGAAGUGUACUACAUGGACUUCCACAAGAUGUUCGUAGAGUACUCUGCGUCACAGCUUUGCAACACCCCGAUCAAAACCUCCGCCGAGGUUCGAUGCAUAGAUCGAUCUGGAAACAACCCAAUCAUCAAGUACACUGAACCGUGCGACAACUUCUACGAAUGGCGCAAGCAGGAGUGUAGCUCCAUUAUCUUCGCCUUCCCGCCGAACAUCGAGAACCUGGAGAGAGCCGGGCUGGACAUGACAGAAGAGGAGUACAAUGUAUUCGCGAACGUUUCGAUGAUUCAGUACUACUCGUCGGCAGUCGAAUUCCAGCUCCCAUUCGGUGUUUCCUACAUUGCGAACACCACAUCACCAGCACUGCCUCCAUCAAACGACGGCGAACCUGUUGCAGUGUUACGCCUGAAUGAGCAGUCAAAUGUUUCCGUGUCAUGGUCUUGGGGCCCAUACGAGUACCAGACCGAAGAAGCCGCACGUCGCCUGCUCAUCGAGAGCUUAUCGGAAAUCAACAAGGAUCCACGAAAUUCCUCCGAGCCACCGGAGCCUCUGACCGACAGUGAUGUCAAGGCAUUCAGGAAGUGGGACUAUUUUCCACAUUUCGACAGCCAGCCUCUCAGAAAUGGCGCAUACGAUAAGUUCAACCGCCUUCAAGGCCACAAGAAGAGCUACUGGGCUAGCGGACUCAAUGGGAUGGAGAUCGUGGAGUGGGCUAUCCGUGGUGGGCAGGAUGUUGUCGAGUCUUACUUUUAAAAGCUUACAGCAGCCGUUGACCAACGACUACAGCACACAUGAUGUGCAAUAUGGAGGAACCACAUGAUGAGUUGUGGGCAGGAUGUUUGCUUUACGAUUUCCUUUCGACGUUGCCGGCAUUGCGACUACCACAUUGACGACUUUAUGCCCACUUAGAGAUGAUACCUUCGCCUUCAAUGA